GUCCUCUGUUCCCUUUCACGAUAGCUUCUUCCUCAGCAUCGUACCGGCCUCGACUUGAUGGCCUAUCGUGAACCCCCUUCACCUACUCAGAUUAUACAAUCGACUUAAGCUGACUGUCUGUCUGUCUUGGACUGGCGUAAGACAUCCGAUCAGGGUGUGAGACUGUUUGUUCACUACUAUUUGUUCAUACUUGAGGGGCCAGUUUUUACUACUCCUGACAAAGCUUUGGCCUCUGUCCUUUGCUUCUCUUCUUUUUUCUUCCUCUUUCUUCUUCCUCUUCUCGUUUCAGUGACCGUGCGCAUAAUCAUCCGUAGCCAUGGGCUCCCAUACUCACGAUCUCCCGCCGGCAAACUCACCAGACCUCGGGCUGGCAGAAUCCACCAAAGCCGAGCUUCUUCACGUAUGGGGGCUUCACCAUCCCAUGUGGGGAGGACCUCUCAAUUAUGAAGAUUAUCUGAAGAGGGAGGAAUUUCUGAUGACUGUGCCCCUGGCCAAGAAUGGGGGUGUCACCCAUUGGAUCCUGACGGACCGAAAUGGCGUCCCAGACAACAGGCCCAUUUAUGCCAGCUGCGAGACGCUGCGCAAGCGUGCCCUCGCCAGUCGGCUCGGCCCUGACGGAGAGGUGACCGUGCAAGAGGGCAUCGCCCACAACGUGGGGUCUGUCUUCACCAACCCCACAUACCGGGGCAAGGGCUACGCCUCGAGGAUGAUGAGCGAGCUAGGAGAGAAGCUGAAGGAGUGGUCUGUAGCACGCAGGGAGCCCAAGGCCGACGAGAAGGAGUCGGUCGUCACACGCUCGCUCUUCUCGGUCCUCUACUCGGACAUUGGCAAGGCCUUCUACGCAAACCACGGCUGGGCAGCAUUUGAGAGCUCUCACCUCAGCUUCAAGCCUGCCACUGCCGCCGCCUCCUCGGCCUCUACACCUGGUAGUGCAUCAUCCUCACCGAGCAAGGUCAAGGUGCUCGGCUACCACGACCUCGCCCUCUUGUGCCGCGACGAUGAAGGGAUUGUGCGCACAGAGAUGGAGCGCCGCGCGAAACAGCUGCCGUCAACAGGCGGCAAGAAGCAGGUGUGCGCGGCGCUGGUGCCAGAUCUGGACCAGUUCCUGUGGCACAUGAUGCGUGAAGACUUCAUCACGAAGCAGAUGUUUGGCAAGACGCCCGAGGUCCGUGGCGGCUUGUAUGGCGAGCCUGGGCGGAGGAUCUGGGCUGUCUGGACGCGGGGGUAUUAUGGCAACCUGGAGAAGAUCGACAACAACACGUUCCACAUCCUGCGCUUCGUGAUCGAGGACGAGGACAGCGCAUCCGAGGACUACGUCGUGGAGGGUCUCAGGGAGAUCAUCUCGCUGGCCCAGCGCGAGGCCUUGGAGUGGCGAUCCUUUGAUAUCCAGAUGUGGAACCCCUCGGCGCUGCUGCUGAAGGCGGCCGCCAAGAGCGGGCUCGAGUACACGCUCGUGGACAGGGAGCAGAGCAGCAUUGCCAGCCUGAUGUGGUAUGGCGAUGAGGAGACGGCUGCCGUGGACUGGGUUGCGAAUGAGAAGUUUGCGUGGGGUUGA